AUGAAUGGUAGGAAAUUAUAUCAAUCUGUUGUCGAGAUAACCAACGACCUAUCCAACCUUGUAGGUAUUGGAAGUUUAAACUUUUAUAAUUUGCCAUUCGACAAAUCGGAAUUGGGUGGGAUCAACAUUCUUCCGUCUGAUGAGGCUUCAGAUAACAGAUUAGAUGAGGGGCACGAUGAGUGGAAAUGGUUGGAUAUUGAUUUCUUCAAUUAUGUAAUUGACGGUGACAUGCAUCCUAUAUUACAUGAUAUAAGGUUUCUUAUCACCUUUCGUUAUAUCAUGGCCACUUAUAAAAUGUUUAAAUUCGGUGUUACCACAAUUGCUAAAAUAAGAAUAUAUGCGGUGCCUUCAGAUACUAAAGAUUCGAAAUAUUUAAGUGAAUGGAGAGCUUCAAGACCCAAGAAAUUCGAAUUAAAGAAGAAAUUCAAAACUGCUUGGCAUAAAUUGGUUAAUAAUCUUGACUUUUCCUUUCACAAUUGGUCUCAUGUUGACGAAUUUCCUAUAUUAUUGAUCGAUUGUCGUUUCACCAAGAAUGUUCAAGAGUCUAACCAAAAGGAUAAUUUUCAUCUAGAUAGAUGGUGUAAGAAUCUACCCUACAUACCGGCCCCGAUUUCUGCAAGCAAUGAAACUCUUGCGAUCAAAGUUCAAAAUAUCUACAAUUCCAUACCUUCGCCUGAUAUUUCAAAGUAUUAUAAUCAAUCUACCACCAAGAAUUUUAAGAAUCUUGUCCCCAAUGCAGAAGAAGUUAUUGUGAAUCUAGUGCAUAACAUGCUGGAAGGCAACACCUCUAUCCCAGGAGUAAAAACUCAACUAUACCCUUUUCAAAUCAAAUCCUUGAGUAAAAUGUAUGAGAAGGAGUCGAUACCAGGAACAACAUUAAUCCCUAAUUUCAUUGAAUUAUCCUCAUGUGACAAAAAAUCAAAGUAUUAUUUUGAUAUCACCAAUGACGUGUUCUACCUCAAACCAGAGAUUUUCAAACAACCAAGAGGUGGUAUACUAGCGGAGAAUAUGGGUUUGGGUAAGACUCUUAUAUGUUUGAGUUUGAUAUGUAUGACGAAAUGGGAGAUAUCUGUUUUACCUCAAGAUUAUCUUAUAUUCUUGCAACAAACUCCUGAGGUAAGUGAAAUGAUUUUAGACGAAUAUAAUGAACUAGUUCCAAAGAAUCCUCCUCAAUAUCAACCGGUGAAAAAACUCACUGAAUUUUGUCGUCAAACCAUAACCCAGAAUUCACUCCCAUGGAAAUACUACAUUGAUGAGAUACCCGAAUCAAUUGCUAAAUAUCUAGACGAUUCCCCAGGAUACUUUCGAAUUCCAUUGGAGAAUUCUGAAUACGUAACUCCUUAUAGUGUGCAAAAAAGUCGUCGUUCAGAAAGGAUUAAAGACCUUGAUGAAGAACUCCCUCAAGAAGGUAGGCAUUUCCGUACGCUAUAUUAUUGCAAUACAACGUUAAUUGUUGUACCAGAUAAUUUAUUCCAUCAAUGGAACACAGAAUUGAAGAAACACAUCGAGCCAACGUUCUUGAAAAAGUUAUUUAUUUCUAAUCAAUUCAAAAAGGAAAUCAUUUCAGAAAAUGGCGUUUUCACUAGUAUUGUUAGGUUUGACCCGGUGUACUUCCUAAAAUUCGACUUAAUAGUGGUCUCAUUAUCAAUUUUGUCCAAACAAUUGGAUGAAUAUUUUGAUAGUCCUUUCCUAAACAUCUUCUGGAAACGAUUGAUAAUUGAUGAAGGUCACAGUAUGAACUCUAAAACAUCAAGAGCUGGUAUUUUGUGUAGAGACAUUCAUGCUGAAAGGAGAUGGGCCGUCACUGGAACCCCCACUUCUGGACUUACAAGAUUACAUAUGGAUGAAGAAGACGAGGAGGGUAAAUCAUCAAUAACUAAUUCUCCCAAGAGGAAGAACAAGUAUGUGGUCAAAAAUAAUUUCAAUGAACGUGAUGACUUAGUGAAGUUGGGUAACAUUAUUUCAAAUUUUUUGAAAAUAGAGCCAUUCCAUUCUCAACCUAAACUAUGGAACAAUUCAAUGAUAAGACCUUUGGUUGAUGAUAUUUAUGGAUCUACGGCUAGUUUAACCAAUCUUUUGAACUCAAUAGUUGUAAGACAUUCGUUGGAUGAAGUUGAGAGGGAUAUAAAGUUACCUCAAUUACAUCAUGUAUCGGUUUUUUUGAAACCUUCGUUCCACAAUAAGUUGGCUAUAAAUAUCUUUGCGGCUGUGUUGGCUGUCAAUGCUGUUUCUUCCGAAAGGAAAGAUGUUGAUUAUAUGUUUCAUCCAGCCAAUAGACAACAGUUGAGAAGAUUGAUCACCAAUUUACAAAGAGCCACUUUCCACUGGAGUGGGUUUAAACAAGAAGAUAUUGAAACUUUGAUUCAUAUUUGUAAGAAAGCUUUAGAAAAGCGUAAACCCAAUGGGGAUUCAGUAUAUAAUCGACAAGAUGUGGAAUUAUUGGAAAAAUCCAUGGAUACAGCUAGUUCAGCAUUGAAUAAUCCCCGGUGGAGAACAAUUGCCUUAUUACAUGAAAUGAACUAUUAUAUCACAGGUUUACCUGAUAUUUUCACCAAAACCUUCGGUACAGGAGUUUUAGAAUCAGUCGAUGCUAAUGGCGAUCAAAAUGAUAUUGGGAUAUUUGGAGCUCCUCAUAUCAACCAGCUUCAAGACUUUUUCUACAAAAACAGAUUCAUUGAUAUGAAUGACGAAACUAAAGUGACAGAGAAGUUGGAAGAAUUGUCAAAACCUUUUUGGUCCAACUAUUGGAAGAAUACUAUGAAACAGAACAAGCAAAAAUUCAACAAGCAAGACAAAGAUAAUGACGAUAAUGAUUUUUUACAAGAACGUAUAAAAAUGGCGAUUGAUUCUCCUGAUGCACCUAUCCCUCAACAGAGACCCAAACCCAAACCCAAACCCAAACCCAAACCAAAAGCUAAGCCGAAAUCUCCUACCAAGAAGCUGGCUAAAGGCCAUAAGCGUCGAAGCUCACAAGAUUUAGAUGAUAUUGAAUCUAAGACUGAGCUAGGAAGGGAAAAUGGUGAAGGUUUGAAAAUAACUAAUGAAGUUAACACAAUUUAUUCAUUAGCCAAACAUAAUAUUUCAUAUGAUAAAGUGAGAGAUGCUAUAAUACUUGGUACGGCUUCUAGCAAAUUAUCUUAUCUAGCCAGUAAGCUUCUUGAAAAUCAACAUGAUAAGAUAAAAUCCAUUGUAUUCUUUGAAUUCGAAGACAGUGCUUAUUAUUUGACAGAAUUGUUGGAUAUUUUGGGUAUAAAUUAUAUUUUGUAUGCUACAUUUAUUAACACUGCACAAAGAGCAGCCAAUUUGUCCGAAUUUAGUGCAUUCCCUAGUGAAAAGGACGGUGGUAUUACUUUAAUUAUGGAUUUGAGAUUAGCAGCACAUGGGUUAACUAUUAUUGCAGCCACCAAGGUUUAUUUUAUUAGCCCUGUUUGGCAAAGAUCAGUUGAAGCACAAGCCAUCAAAAGAGCUCACAGGAUUGGACAAACCAAUGAGGUGCAUGUUGAGACGUUAGUAUUAGAAGAUACUUUGGAAGAAGAAAUUUAUAAGAAAAGAUUGAAUCAAAGUACAGAAGCAAGUAGUGACGAGAAGAAGAAAUACGUCAUUGAUGAUACUGGGAUGCAAGAAUUUAUAUUAAGACACAAAUUUUUAGAUAUGGAUGAGUCAGAGAACGAGUAUGCUCCCUUUAUAGCCCCUGCCAAUGAUUCAGGCAAAUUUGCAAAAAAAGAAGAAUUCGAUGACCCUUCUGCUUUGAACGAUCAUGAAGAUGUCCUUACAAUAGAUAAUAAUACAAUAAUGAGGAAUUGGAAAGUGUUUCUUUUCAAUAAGGACAAUUUAACCAAAUUGAAUUCAGCCAAAAAUCAAAAAAUUACUCGUGACUUUUUGAAAGAUCAAUUUAUAAAAAGCAUGGUGGAUGAAAAAGAUGAACAGGAAGAUAUGAAUCUUAAAAAGAAAAUUGGAGGACCUGUCCGGAAAAAAGUAAGAUUUUGA